UGCGCCUGCGCAAGGGCGCCGAACGCGCGCCGGGGGCGGGGCCGCCCGGGGCGGCGGGGGGCGGGGUCCAAGCGGGCUGUGUGGAGGCUUGAGACUGCCGGCGCCAUUUAGCGCGGAGAGUUUCCCGGGCGGACGCUGCGCUUCCCUGGCGGCCACUCUGCGCCCCAUCGCCGGUGACAGAAGGCGCCCGGUGGCGGUGACUGCUCUCUUCCCUCCCCGACCCCCCCCCGCCCCGGCCGAGCAGAGCCGCGGAGCUCGGGCUCGGCGGCGAGCGGCCCUCCCUCCCCGCGUCCCCCGUCAGCUCCGGCCCGGGGCCGGCCCGGGAGGAGACCGGGGUUUACAGGCCGAGCGGCAGCGCCCGGAAGGCCGCGGGCAGGGCGGCUCGACGGGUUGUGGGUCUUCGGCGGCGGCAGCUGGCCCGGCCCUGCCCUCAGGCGAUGGGCGCCCAGUGAGGCCGGUCCCCUCGCCGGGGGCGCGUGUGGGAGGCGCGGCCGCCGCCGCUGACUGACCGCCCUCGACCCGGCCCCUCCCACUCGGCCCGGCGCGGCCGCCCUCGGGGCCUAGCCCGUCGGCCGGCCGCCCCCGCCUGACUCGCUGCCGCCGGCCGCCCCCCAUGAGCGUGGCGCCGCGGCCGCGCCCGCCCUCCUCGCCGCCGCGCGCCGCAGGAUGGGUGCGGACCGUGCGGCGCUAAGCCCCGCGGCCCCGCUUCUCCGCCGUCCGUCCCGACAGCCGCAGCUGCCGCGCCGCGGCCCCGCCGCCCGUCCGCCCUCCGCGGCGGCCCGUCAGUGCUGAGCGGCGCCCCACCGCCCCGCGCCCACCAUGUCCGGCGGCGCCGCAGAGAGGCCGGGCGGCUCGCCGGGUGCCCUGUUCCUGUCGCCGCCGGCGCCGGCCCCCAAGAACGGCUCCAGCUCCGACUCGUCGGUCGGAGAGAAGCUGGGCGCCGCGGGGCCCGACGCGGGCGCGGGCCGGAGCGAGGAGUACCGGCGCCGCCGCCACACGAUGGACAAGGACAGCCGCGGCGCCGCGGCCGCUGGUACCACCACGGAGCAUCGCUUCUUCCGCCGCAGCGUCAUCUGCGACUCCAACGCCACGGCGCUGGAACUGCCUGGCCUGGCGCUUGCCCUCCCGCAGCCCGGCGCGCCCGCCGCCGCCGCCGCGCCGCACAGCACGCCCCCCGAGCCCCCCGGGCUCCCGCGCGGGGGCGCCCUGCCGCCCGCCGCCGCCCCGGCCGCGCUGCCUCCGCCCGCUGCCCCGCAACCCGGGGAGCCGCCCGCCGCGGGCCCGGUGCUCGCCGCUGCCGCUGUCGCCCCCUGUGAGUCCAGCAGAGACCGCCAGGCCUCCCCGCCCGGCCAUGCGGGCAGCAGAGAGGAGCCUCCCCCGGCCAGAGGCGGCAGCGGCGGCGGCGCCCGGGAGCCGCAGGAGGACCGCAACCAGCAGCAGCAGCAGGAUGACAUCGAGGAGCUGGAGACCAAGGCCGUGGGCAUGUCCAACGACGGUCGCUUCCUCAAGUUUGACAUCGAGAUCGGCAGGGGCUCCUUCAAGACGGUCUACAAAGGCCUGGACACCGAGACCACAGUGGAGGUCGCCUGGUGCGAGCUGCAGGAUCGAAAGUUAACAAAGUCUGAGAGACAAAGAUUUAAAGAAGAGGCUGAAAUGUUAAAGGGUCUUCAGCAUCCCAAUAUUGUUCGAUUCUAUGACUCAUGGGAAUCCACAGUAAAAGGGAAAAAGUGCAUUGUUUUGGUGACUGAACUUAUGACAUCUGGAACACUUAAAACGUACCUAAAAAGGUUUAAAGUGAUGAAGAUCAAAGUUCUAAGAAGCUGGUGCCGUCAGAUCCUUAAAGGACUUCAGUUUCUUCAUACUCGAACGCCACCAAUUAUUCACCGAGAUCUUAAGUGUGACAACAUCUUUAUCACUGGUCCUACAGGCUCAGUCAAGAUUGGAGACCUGGGUUUGGCAACCUUGAAGCGGGCUUCUUUUGCCAAGAGUGUGAUAGGUACCCCAGAGUUCAUGGCCCCUGAGAUGUAUGAGGAGAAAUAUGAUGAAUCCGUCGACGUUUAUGCUUUUGGGAUGUGCAUGCUUGAGAUGGCUACGUCUGAAUACCCUUACUCAGAGUGCCAAAAUGCUGCGCAGAUCUAUCGCCGUGUGACCAGUGGGGUAAAACCAGCCAGUUUUGACAAAGUAGCAAUUCCUGAAGUGAAGGAAAUUAUAGAAGGAUGCAUACGACAAAACAAAGAUGAAAGAUAUUCUAUCAAAGACCUUUUGAAUCAUGCCUUCUUCCAGGAAGAAACAGGAGUACGGGUAGAAUUAGCAGAAGAAGAUGAUGGAGAAAAGAUAGCCAUUAAAUUAUGGCUACGUAUUGAAGAUAUUAAAAAAUUAAAGGGAAAAUACAAAGACAAUGAGGCUAUUGAGUUUUCCUUUGACUUGGAGAGAGAUGUGCCAGAAGAUGUUGCUCAAGAAAUGGUAGAGUCUGGAUAUGUCUGUGAAGGUGAUCACAAGACUAUGGCAAAAGCUAUCAAAGACAGAGUGUCGUUAAUUAAGAGAAAACGAGAGCAGCGGCAGUUGGUACGGGAGGAGCAAGAAAAAAGAAAGCAGGAAGAGAGUAAUCUCAAGCAACAGGUAGAACAGCAAUCAAGUGCUUCCCAGGCAGGAAUCAAGCAACUCCCACCUGCUAGCACUGGCAUACCUACUGCCCCUACCACUUCAGCUUCAGUGUCCACACAAGUAGAACCUGAAGAGCCUGAGGCAGAUCAGCAUCAGCAACUGCAGUACCAACAACCUAGUAUAUCUGUAUUAUCUGAUGGGACAAUUGACAGUGGUCAGGGAUCAUCCGUCUUUACAGAAUCUCGAGUGAGCAGCCAACAGACAGUUUCAUAUGGUUCCCAACAUGAACAGGCACAUUCUACUGGCACAGUCCCAGGACAUACAGCAUCUAUUGUCCAAGCACAGUCUCAGCCUCAUGGGGUAUAUCCACCUUCAAGUAUGCCUCAGUCCAUGGCGCAUCCGUAUGGGGGGACCCCAACAUACCCAGAAUCACAGAUAUUUUUCCCAACUGUUCAUGAACGUCCAGUUUCUUUUUCACCACCUCCCACCUGUCCACCAAAAGUGGCCAUUUCCCAGCGGCGUAAGAGCACCUCUUUCCUGGAAGCCCAAACACGCCACUUCCAACCCCUGCUGAGGACUGUUGGCCAAAAUCUUCUUCUACCUGGUGGCAGCCCAACUAACUGGACACCAGAGGCUGCAGUUAUGUUGGGCACUACAGCCAGUAAAAUACCUGGAGAACCUUAUGAGGUACAGACCCAUCCUAUGUUUGAGCCAACUCAAGUUUACAGUGACUAUAGACCUGGACUUAGACAUCCAGAAGAAGCUCAUUAUUUUAUUCCUCAGGAAGCAGUGUAUCUAGCUGGGGUGCAUUACCAGGCCCAAGUGGCAGAACAGUAUGAGGGUAUUCUAUACAACUCACCAGUACUGUCAAAUCCUUUGAAACAGAUACCUGAGCAGAAACCAGUCCAAGGGGGCCCUUCCUCAAGUUCUGUCUUUGAAUUUCCAUCUGGGCAGGCUUUUCUGGUAGGACACUUUCAGAAUUUAAGAUUUGAUUCUGGAUUGAAUCCAGGAUCUCCCCUCUCUAGUAUUUCUGCGCCUAUCAGUAAAGAUGCUUCACAUUUGAAAUUUCACCCUGUCUUUGUUCCUCAUUCUGCGCCUGCUGUGUUAACUCAUAACAAUGAGAGCAGAAGCAAUUGUGUGUUUGAGUUUCAUGUUCACACACCAAGCUCCUCUUCUGGAGAAGGAGUUUUACCUCAGCGUGUUUACCGAAACCAACAGGCUGUAGUGGACUUGAAUCAGGAAGAAGCACCUUCUCCAUCAGUUGCAUUGCAUGGCCGUCUGCAGCCUGUGACCGAAGAGCAGCAGAAUUACCUUGCCCCAGAAUUGACCGUUUCUGUGGUAGAGCCUAUCGGACAGAACUGGCCAGUAGGAAGCCCAGAGUAUUCCAGUGAUUCCUCACAGAUUACUUCUUCAGACCCCAGUGAUUUUCAGUCACCUCCCCCUAUGGGGGGAGCAGCUGCACCUUUUGGCUCUGAUGUCUCAUUACCCUUUAUCCAUCUGCCUCAGACAGUGUUACAAGAAUCCCCACUUUUCUUCUGUUUUCCCCAAGGAACCACACCUCAGCAGGUCUUAUCUGCCUCAUUUUCUUCAGGAGGAUCUGCACUCCAUCCACAGGCACAGGGGCAGAGCCAGAGUCAGCCAUCUUCAAGUAGCUUCAUAGGGGUUCCAACUUCUCAGUCAUUACAACAUUCUCAACAGCUACAGGGAAUACAGCAAGCAGCCCCUCCUCAACAGACAGUACAGUAUUCACUUCCACAGACAUCAACCUCCAGUGAGGCUACUACGGUACAGCCAGUCAGUCAACCUCAAGUUCCACAGGUCUUGCCUCAAGUGUCAGCUGGUAAACAGCUUCCUGUUUCCCAGCCAAUACCAACUAUCCAAGGCGAACCUCAGAUCCCAGUUGCAACACAACCCUCAGUUGUUCCAGUCCACUCUGGUGCUCACUUCCUCCCUCUGGGGCAGCCACUCCCUACUUCCUUACUCCCUCAGUACUCUGUCUCUCAGAUUCCCAUAUCAACUCCUCAUGUGUCUGCAGCUCAGACAGGUUUCUCAUCCCUGCCCAUCACAAUGGCAGCUGGCAUUAGUCAGCCUCUGCUCACCUUGGCUUCGUCUGCUACAGCAGCUGCAAUCCCAGGGGGAUCAACUGUGGUUCCUAGUCAGCUUCCCACCCUUCUGCAGCCUGUGACUCAGCUACCAAGUCAGGUUCACCCACAGCUCCUGCAGCCAGCAGUUCAGUCCAUGGGAAUACCAGCUAACCUUGGACAUGCUGCUGAGGUUCCACUUCCCUCUGGAGAUGUUCUAUAUCAGGCCUUCCCACCUCGACUGCCACCACAAUACCCAGGAGAUUCCAAUAUUGCUCCCUCUUCCAGCGUGGCUUCUGUUUGCAACCCUUCUACAGUCCUAUCCCCUCCCAUGUCUACAGAAGCUUUGGCUACACCAGGCUAUUUUCCUGUGAUGGUGCAGCCUUAUGUGGAAUCAAAUCUUUUGGUUCCUGUGGGCAGUGUAGGAGGACAGGUUCAAGUGUCCCAGCCAACAGUGAGUUUAGCACAACAAACCCCCACAACAUCCUCCCAGCAGGCAGCUCUGGAGAGUGCUCAGGGCAUCUCUCAGAUUGCUCCUUCAGAGGCAAUCCCAGUAGCACAGCCACCGCCUAGCCAGCCCACCACUAUGGUCUCUUCUGUAGACAGUGCACAUUCAGAUGUUGCUUCUGGUAUGAGUGAUGGUAAUGAAAAUGUCCCAUCAUCCAGUGGAAGACAUGAAGGGAGAACUACUAAACGGCAUUACCGAAAAUCUGUAAGAAGUCGCUCUCGCCAUGAAAAGACUUCUCGCCCAAAACUGAGAAUUUUGAAUGUUUCAAAUAAAGGAGAUCGGGUGGUAGAAUGUCAGUUAGAAACUCAUAAUCGGAAAAUGGUCACAUUUAAAUUUGAUUUAGAUGGUGAUAACCCCGAAGAGAUAGCAACAAUUAUGGUGAACAAUGAUUUUAUUCUCGCAGUAGAAAGAGAGUCAUUUGUGGAUCAAGUGCGGGAAAUUAUUGAAAAAGCUGAUGAAAUGCUCAGUGAGGAUGUGAGUGUGGAACCAGAGGGUGACCAGGGCUUGGAGAGUCUGCAGAGAAAGGAUGUCUAUGGCUUUUCAGGCUCUCAAAAAUUGGAAGGAGAGUUCAAACAACCAGUUCCUGCAUCUUCACCACCACAACAAAUAGGCAUUCCUACCAGUUCUUUAACUCAAGUUGUCCAUUCUGCUGGAAGACGGUUUAUAGUGAGUCCUGUGCCAGAAAGUCGAUUACGAGAAUCAAAAGUCUUUAGCAGUGAAGCAUCAGAUACAGUUGCUUCCUCUACAUCACAGGUGGCUGGAAUGAAUUUGUCUCACUCUGCUUCAUCCCUGAGUCUGCAGCAGGCCUUUUCUGAACUUAGACAUGCUCAGAUGACAGAAGGACCCAAUACAGCACCUCCCAACUUCAGUCAUACAGGACCAGCAUUUCCUGCAGUACCUUCCUCCAGCAGCCUUGCUGGAGUCCCAGCCUCAACAGCAGCCACACCUUCAGUGUCAGUCCCUGCAACUAGCAGCCCACUUAGUGAUAUCUCCACAUCAGUAACUCAGUCUGAGGUUACAGUGCCCACUGAAAAGGCAGGUGCCGGGGUCCCCACCAACACAAGUGUGUUAACUUCAAGUGGUCUCACUGUAUCACCUGUGUCUGAAUCACCAGUGGUUUCCAGUGUGGCUUCGAACAUCACAAUACCUGUAGUUGUCUCGUUAUCUACAACAUCCCAGUCAGUUCAGGCUCCCACAUCAGGGAGCACUGUUUCUAGCAUAGGGACUUACCCCUCUAUAACAGCUUCACUUGCUCCAGUCUCUACAGUGAGCAGUGUUGCUGCCCCAGGUGUUAAACCUACGCCUGCAUUAUCUCAGCAGGCAACAAGUAGUACCACUGGGGCAGCCACAUUGGCACCAGUUUCUGCCACCACACCACUAUCAGGCAUGACUUCACAGCCGUCCGUUCAGCUGAGCAGCAGCACCUCUGCUCCUGCUCUGGCCGAAACAGUAGUAGUUAGUGCACACUCACUGGAUAAGAUAUCUCAUAGCAGUACAACUGCUUUGUCCUUCUCUGCAGCAUCUUCCGCCUCCUCCCCAGCAACAGGACUAUCUAGCUCUAUUUCUCAUCCUGGUGGGGUGCAUCCUUUGGUCAUUCCAUCAGGUGUAGCUUCUACUCCUGUCUUGCCCCAAGCAACAGGAGCUACUUCCACACCUUUACUUCCCCAAGUACCUAGUAUCCUGCCCCUGGCACAACCUGUUGCAAAUGUACCUGCUGUGCAGCAGACACUGAUUCAUAGUCAGCCUCAGCCAGCUUUACUUCCCAACCAGCCCCACACUCACUGUCCUGAAAUUGAUGCUGAUGCACAGCCCAAAGCUGGGAUUGACGACAUAAAGACUCUGGAAGAAAAGCUUCGAUCUCUCUUCAGUGAACAUGGUUCAUCUGGCACUCAACACACUUCUGUCUCAGUUGAGACAUCGCUGGUAGUGGAGACCACUGUCACACCAGGUGUCCCGACCACUGCUGUGGCACCAAGCAAGCCCAUAACUUCCACUACAAGCACCUGCUUACCACCAACUAGUCUGCCAGUAGGAACAGCUUGUGUGCCAGCUAUGCCAGUGGUCACACCUGGACAAGCAGCCACCCUGGUCAGCUACAUUUCUGCUCCAGCCAGCACUGCAGCAGGCAUGAAACCUGGAACCGCACCAGCAAAGCUACCUGUGACUAAAACUCCAGUGCUGCCAAUAGGCACUGAGCCUCCGGCUGGUACACCUCCCAGCGAGCAGCUGCCACCUUUGCCAGGACCUUCACUAACUCAGUCCCAGCAACCUCUAGAAGAUCUUGAUGCUCAGUUGAGAAGAACACUGAGUCCAGAGACUAUUGCAGUGACAUCUACAGUUGGUCCGGUGUCCAUGGUAUUUCCAGAAGCAGGAACACAGCCUCAGAAGGAUGUUACUCAGAUCAUAGAAGACCCUAGUUCAGGAACUGGUGUUUUUAAGAUGGGACGAUUUCAGGUUUCAGUAGCAAUGGAUGAUGCCCAGAAAGAAGGUAAAAACAAAUCAGAAGGUAUGAAAUCUGUCCCUUUUGAAUCCAGCUCCUCGGAGUCCUCGGUACUAUCAAGUAGUAGUCCAGAGAGUACCUUGGUGAAACUAGAGCCGAAUGGAAUAACUAUCCGUGGCACUUCUGCAGAUAUGCCAGACAGUGCUCCCACAAUGCCUGCCUCUGAAACAAAAUCAGAAACUGGGCAGUCUACCACGGUUGGACGCUUUCAGGUGAUGACUACUGCAGACAAAGUAGGGCGUUUCUCUGUAUCAAGAACUGAGGACAAGAUUGCUGAUGCAAAGAAGGAGGAAGCAGUGGCAUCUCCUCCUUCUGUAGAUGUGGAACAAGCUGUUCUUCCUGCUGUGAUACCAAAGAAAGAAAAGCCUGAGUUUUCAGAAGCAUCACAAUUGAAUGGGCCAUCCUCUGACCUAGAAGCAGCCUUUCUGAGUCGGGAUGUGGAUGAUGGGUCAGGCAGUCCACACUCCCCCACUCAGCUAUGUUCAAAGAGCCUUCCUGUCCAGAAUCUAAGUCAAAGCCUUAGUAAUUCAUUCAAUUCUUCUUACAUGAGUAGUGAUAAUGAGUCGGAUAUUGAAGAUGAAGACUUAAAGUUAGAGUUACGGCGACUACGAGAAAAGCAUCUUAAAGAGAUUCAAGACCUGCAGAGUCGCCAGAAACAUGAGAUUGAGUCUUUAUAUACCAAACUGGGCAAGGUUCCCCCUGCGGUCAUUAUCCCCCCAGCGGCCCCACUUUCUGGGCGAAGAAGGCGCCCCACUAAAAGCAAAGGCAGCAAGUCUAGUCGAAGUAGUUCCUUGGGGAAUAAGAGCCCUCAGCUUUCAGGUAACCUGUCUGGUCAGAGUGCAGCUUCAAUUUUGCACCCCCAGCAGACCCUUCACCCUCUUGGGAAUGUGCCAGAGACUGGGCAGAACCAGCUGUUACAGCCUCUUAAGCCAUCUCCCUCCAGUGACAACCUCUAUUCAGCCUUCACCAGUGAUGGUGCCAUUUCUGUACCAAGCCUUUCUGCUCCAGGUCAAGGCUGUGCGAAGUUUAACUGUGCAUCUGAGCAGGUGGCAUUCAAACCUGGUGGCAGGAGGACGCGAUUUCUGAGGAAGAUGGUGAAAAAAGUCUGUCCUUGCAACCAGCUCUGUAGGACCAGCAGCACAAACACUGUUGGGGGGACAGUGAACAGCCAAGCUGCCCAGACUCAGCCUCCCACCAUGACCUCCAGCCGGAAGGGCACCUUCACAGAUGACCUGCACAAGUUGGUAGACAACUGGGCCCGAGAUGCCAUGAAUCUUUCAGGCAGGAGAGGAAGCAAAGGACACAUGAAUUAUGAGGGCCCUGGAAUGGCAAGGAAGUUCUCUGCACCUGGCCAGCUGUGCACCUCCAUGACCUCAAGCCUGGGAGGCUCUGCCCCCCUCUCUGCAGCAUCAGCUACCUCUCUAGGUCACUUCAGCAAGUCCAUGUGCCCCCCCCAGCAGUACGGUUUUCCAGCUGCCCCCUUUGGCACUCAGUGGAGCGGGACGGCUGGCCCAGCACCACAGCCACUGGGCCAGUUCCAGCCUGUGGGAACUGCUUCCUUACAGAAUUUCAACAUCAGCAAUUUGCAGAAAUCCAUCAGCAACCCCCCAGGUUCCAACUUGCGGACCACUUAGACCUAGAGAAGAGACCUGAGUAGAUUUGGGGGCAGGAGAUGUAAUGCUGGAGGGGAGGGGGAAAGGGGUGGGAAAGUAGCCUAUAUACUAACUACUAGUGCUGCAUUUAUUAACUGGUUAUUUUUUUGCCAGAAAGGAAUGUUUUUCAUACUGCUUAGAGCCCUCAGAAUAGAGACCCUUCCUCCCUUUACCACUUAUUGGAGUGGGAAGAAGCAACUUUUUUGUGAUGUGUCAGCUUCAAACUUCUGCUUUCCUAUUAUAUACCUAACAAUGAGGGCAAGGAGAGAGCAUUGUGUUUACUACAAAGCUACUGGAGAGCUCAGAGGAGACACAGCCCAUCUGUGUUUUUAAUGUGUGGAGCUCCUAACUUUGGUACCCACCCUAAGACCUUUAUUCCUUUGAAAAUCUAAACCAGAAGAUUAAAAAAAAAAAAGAUCUAUUGGGCUCUCUCAUACCCUGUUCCCCACCCUACCUCCCCCCUUCCCUUUUUUCUUUAUAUAUAUAUUUGUUCUUUAGCACCCAGUGGAAAACACCAGGGGACUGAGGUUUCAACACUUUCUUAUGAUAGGUCAUCAGUGCUUUAAGCAAACAAUAUUAGCAGCUUUGACUGCAGCAUUAGCAAUUAGGAAAAAAAAAAAACUUACGUUCCCUGCGGACAUGUAACUUUGCCAUCAGUUUUGAUGUGGAAACACUGUGAUAUAAAAAUGUUGUUGGACAACAGUAGUUUUUAAGAGUAAUAUGAAAGGUUUGAAAAGUUGGGGGGAAAAAAGCUAGCUCUGUCCUUUACUUAUUGAGACACUUUAACUUUUUCCUUUGUAUUUCCAUUGUAUUAGAUAAAUAAAUGUGAAUGUAAAAUUGUAUAAAUUACUGUACUUGAAUACUUCUGUUCUCCCAGUAUUGUUUGCUGGAUAUUUUAGUGCCUUGGACUUCUAUUGCUUCUGCCAUUAGCAUCAACCUCUCAUCAGACCCCAGAUCAGCACAGGGCAUGUGGUCUAUGUAACCCCAGCAGUGGAUUAUGCCAAAGGGAAAUUCAAAUUUAUUUUUUUAAUAUCACUCAACAGUUUUGUCUAGAGCAGGUGUAAGAUGAGUGAGAAGUUACGUUGACAUCAGUGGUUGAAAGCAGAAUGUUCUGUUUCAGGGACAGUGAAGAAGGGUAUAGUAACAAAAUUGGACAGUUUAAAAGAUUAGGGUGGCAUGUGAUAGUGAAAGGGGAAGAAAGACUAUAAAGAAUAGGAAUAGAAACCUGUUUUGAAAAGUCUAUGACGCCUGGCCAGUAGUUGCCAUGAGCCUUACUUAUUUGAGCUGGACUUGAACAGAUGAGACCUAGAAGAAAUGGCAGGACAUACAGAAAGGGGCUAGAGGAGAGUUAUUAAGAUGGGAAAUGAGAUGGUGAGAAACCACAGGUGGAGAAAAUUGCUCUAGGAAACACUCUGUUUGGAUUGCUUUCCUCGGGGUCCACAUGCUCCCUGCAUUUCAGUCUGGGGAGCUGCUGUGUGCAAAGUGCAGGUACAUCCAUAGUAAGCCUUGUAGGAAGGAAUGCUGCUGCUGCUGCUGCUGCUGCUGCUGCUGCUGCUGCUGCUGCUGCUUUGUAUAGCGGGCGUUCAAAUGGUUGCAGGGUAUGUUUGCCACCUUCAUUUUUAGAAUUGCAACUGAUACUCUUCACAUUUUCAGAUAAAUAUUCCCCUUAUAACUGCAACCAACCAGUAUUAUUCAGUACUAUGCCUAGUUGUAACAGGCAGUUCUAUUUUCAAGAGCUUUUAAGUAGUCUCCUAAUUGGCAAAGUUUGAGAUCUCUAUUAUAAUUUCUGCAUAUCUGCAAAGAAGCUAGGAUUCCUUUUAAUUUUUGGGUGCUUCUUCUCGACUCUUGAGUUGGAAUACUGACCUAUUUCCAACUUCUUGACCACCUCAGCGGCAUAUCCAGGACUCCACACAGCGUUAGAAAGAGCCUGGCCGGCUGUCCUGUUUUAUGCUGUUCCUUCAUGGGCCUUGUUUUUCUUCAUGUUAACCCAGACCCCAACAGUGCAAAUGAGAGCUGAAGGUUCUAGCAAGGUAGACAUGAAUGGGGCUAGAGUUUCAAGUCCUAAUUCAAACUCAUUUACUUAUUCAAUCUCACCUUAGAGUUUUGGGGAGCAUGUAAAAAUAGAACAAAGGUGCCAAGUAAAUGAGUAAACCACCAAAAACAAAUAUUUCUACCAGAGGGACGAGGGAACCAAAUGCAGCAUAUUAUUUUGGUUAAUAAUUUUGAGAUCUCAUUUACACAUGAGAACUGGUUUUUACUGUUAAUUUCCCCCCCUCCUGUGGAUGAAAUAACUGAAGCCUAGAGGAAUGAACUAGUGCUACUGAACUGUUUAAAUUAUUUUUGUGUUAAUAGUAUACUUUUGAGUAUCUUUUUCCACAUUAAAAAAACUUUCUGAAUUAUAAAUGUUUUCCUUACAUUAUUUAACAAUGUACAUUGUUUAAAAAGCAAAUUAAACUGAAUUCAAGCCUUGGGGAUUUCUCAGUAGCCGUGAAUUGUACAUUUUGCACUAACUCUGGUGUUGCUCCUUGUAAGAUCUCGCUUUGUGCUUCAGUUUGUUACCUUUGUAGACUUAUUUAAUGAAACCAUUCAAAUAAACCAAACUUGCUUUUGUUGA